AAAAAAUAAAAAAAAUAAAAAUAAAAAUACUCAACUUUCUUCUCCUCUCCAUCAUCGAUUAUCAACAAGGACACUGACCAACUACAACUACUCGAUUCCAAUCGAUAUGAGUAAUCAAAACAAAUACUUGAACUUAGUUUUAUCUCAUUCAGAUCAAGACGACGAAAUCGAGAUCGGAUCAGAAAAGAAGAACAAAAACAAAAACAAAGCUGAAGUUCAAGAAGAUGAUGAAGGAAUUCAAUCGACUUCAAAGAAAUCAACAUCAACCAUCAUUGAUUUAACAUUAGAUUCACCUCCAAUUUCUACCAAUAAAAGAACUCAAUCAAAUCCAAGUACAAGUACAAGUCAUCAUCUUGAUCAAAAUCGAUUUCAUCAUGUAAAAAAAUUAAAACAAACUACUUUAUCUAAUUAUCAAUCAAAAACACCUGAACCUGAUCAUCCUACAAAACCUUCCUCUUCUGCUUCUGCUCCCUCUCUUGACUUAGAUGAAGAAUUAGCUUGUCCAAUCUGUUGUGAAUUAUUUGUUUCGCCUGUUAAUUUCGCUUGCGGUCAUUCAUUCUGUGGUAGUUGUGCACAUGAUUGGUUACAAAAAGAGUCGGUUUGUCCAUCUUGUCGACAAGAAUCGACUUCACCACCUGCUCGAAUGUAUAUUCUUGAAUCAAUCAUACAAAAAUACUUUGAUCAUCAACUUAGUAUGCUUAGAUCAGAAGGCAAGGAUUCAGAAGCAUUAGCUAUGGAACUUGAAAGAG